AUGCAGGCAGCAUCUCAUGGCCUCUGGGGCUUUGCCCGGAAGCCAAAUAUCGGCUUUGGCCCACCACUACCAUUGGGUGGCAAUACCACAGCCAAAGCGCACCGUUCAAUCCACAUACCCUCGUUCUUAAAUCACGCACCAUCUCCCAAAGUCCUGAAUGCUGGCGCCGCGCAACGCUUGUUAUCUCAGACACGCAACAUCCUCACUAGCUUCGUCGCUCAUCUCACCGCCCCGGGAUUAGGGACGGUAUCGCCUUCGUUUGGGCGUGGGAUGCACACUGCUGUAGGACGUACUGCAGGAUUCAACGCUCGUGCAUCUAUACAACAAGGAUUCAGCUUCCCCGCUAGAGUCAGCAUUGGUCGACCACUCCACGGUGCUCCAUACCUGCCUCGCGCACCCGUCACCCCGCGAUCGGUGAUGCAAGUUGGGCUGGGGACAGCGAGGCAGUUCUCUACUGGCAGGCCGAUAUUCCAGCACUUAGUGGAGAAUGUGCCCGUUGCCGGACGAGCGUUCUACGAAGCAGAUUGGGAAGUUAAAUUGAGAGAGGAGCGAGAGAUGAUGGUGGCGAAGCACAGGAAAGAGAAGAAGGCGGCCAAGAGAACCACGUCGAUGCUCAAGCCUCGCGUUCAAAACAUCAUCGCUAGCGACAUUGUCAACGAAGCCCCGUCUGCCACCGAGCUCGACACGUAUUUUCCUCUCCCAGAGGUUGCUAAUGUGACUACUUACCUUCUAAUUCCCUUGGCACCUACGCCGACUUCCCGUAUACCCCUUUCUGCCACGAUCACCGAAGAUCCCUUCCGAUUCCCCUUGCGAGAGAUUGGGAGAAUGCACACGUCGUAUACGCAGCACCGCACGAAGGUAUCUUCCUUGUUCACGCGCCUCGAUGCAGGCAAUGUAUGGUCGAAGAAUGUGACGUGCUCAGCAUAUUCGCACGGCGCAGCUGUGGGUGACGGCGAGGGUGUCUGCACGAUAUUGAAGGUGGAGUUUGUUGGGUGGACUAAAGCGGAGGUUAGGAGUGUGAUUGGGGAAAGUGGGACGGGGUGGUGCGUGCUUGAGGAGGUCACCUCUGCCAUCGAAGAGGACCGUGACGACACGGACUCGAUUCUAUCCGGGAUGACAAGCGACACUGGGAACGAUAGCAUUGGCUUUCCUCCCUCUCAGUCGUUCGUGAUGCCCACUCUGGACCUCUCGCAGACUUCGGGUUGGAGCAGCCCUCCUCCCGAACUUGGCAGAAACCUCCCAUCCUCAAUUGGAUCUGACUUUGACUUUGCGGAGUGGUCCGACUCUGAUCCUGGGUCACUCGUCUCUUCUCCGAGACGGAGCAACAGCCCAAUCUUCGUCGACCCUCCCUCUGAGAACGGCUACUUUGGGUUCAGCUCCGACUUUCUGAGGAGACGAGCCGAUACUGUUCGGGACGAGAGUGAUCCAUGGGAGGAUGUUUUCUCUUAG